AUGGCGGCCCUCAAAGCCCUUUGCAGAGCGGAGAGUUUAUUCUUCCAUAACACCAGUGGUCCCCGCAGAAUCUCAUUACACCUCUACAAGCACCCACUGAGCAAGGCAACAUGCUGCCACUUUUCGACUUCCUCCCAACGAAAAUCAAAGUUCUACUCAGACCCCACAGAGGCAGUCAAAGACAUCCCCAACGGUGCGACCAUUCUAGUGGGAGGGUUCGGGCUCUGUGGGAUUCCAGAGAACCUCAUUAAUAGUCUGUUAAAGACUGGAGUGAAAAGUUUAACUGCAGUCAGUAAUAACGCAGGAGUUGAUAACUUCGGCCUGGGCCUUCUUCUUCAAACCAAACAGAUCAAGCGUAUGAUUGCCUCGUACGUGGGAGAGAACGCAGAGUUUGAGAGGCAGUAUUUGACCGGAGAGCUGGAAGUGGAGCUCACACCUCAGGGUACUCUGGCAGAGCGCAUCCGAGCCGGAGGAGCCGGGGUCCCAGCCUUCUUCACAGCCACAGGGUACGGGACCCUGAUCCAAGAGGGAGGCUCCCCCAUCAAGUACAGCAAGGAUGGAACCAUUGAAAUCCCCAGUGAGCCACGAGAGGUGCGAGAGUUCAACGGUAGACACUACAUCAUGGAGAAAGCCAUCAUCGGAGACUUUGCCCUGGUCAAAGCCUGGAAGGCAGACAGAGCUGGAAAUGUAGUUUUUAGAAAAACUGCAAGAAACUUCAAUCAACCCAUGUGCAAAGCUGCAAAAGUCACAAUUGUUGAGGUGGAGGAGGUGGUGGACGUGGGGACGUUUGCUGCAGAAGAUAUCCACAUCCCCAGCAUCUACGUGAACAGAGUCGUAGAGGGCGGAAGCUACGAGAAGAGGAUUGAGAAACGCACAGUCAAGAAAAGUCAGACGGAAAAACCCAAACCAAAGAAAGACUCUGAUAUCGUUCGGGAGAGAAUCAUUUGCCGAGCCGCUCUGGAGUUUGAAGAUGGAAUGUAUGCCAACCUAGGUAUUGGAAUUCCAAUGUUGGCGAGCAAUUUUAUCAAAGGAGACAUCACAGUUCAUCUUCAAAGUGAGAAUGGCAUUUUGGGGCUGGGUCCAUACCCCUCUGAAGAAGAGGUGGAUGCAGAUCUCAUCAAUGCAGGGAAGGAGACCGUGACUGUGCUUCCUGGUGCAGCCUACUUUUCCAGUGAUGAGUCCUUUGCCAUGAUCCGAGGGGGUCACGUCAACUUGACAAUGCUGGGAGCCAUGCAGGUUUCAAAAUACGGAGAUCUGGCCAACUGGAUGAUCCCGGGCAAGAUGGUGAAGGGGAUGGGAGGUGCCAUGGAUCUGGUGGCCAGCGCAGGGACGAAGGUAGUGGUCACCAUGGAACACUCUGCUAAGGGAGGAAAACACAAAAUAUUGGACGAAUGCAUUUUGCCUUUAACGGGGAAGCAGUGUGUGGAUCGCAUCAUCACUGAAAAGGUGUGUAUGGUUUUCUUCAGCAGACGCGGGUGA